AUGACAAAUGCCUUCAACCCAGACCUCAGCAGCUCCAUCGCUGGCAAGGUCGUCCUCGUCACGGGCGUCAGUCCAGGGACCCUCGGUGCUGCCUUCGCCGAGCAUAUCGCGAAAGCGCAUCCUAAGCUCAUCAUCCUCGCUGGACGCAAUAUUUUUAAAGGCCAGGCCACCGCGGACGCAAUUGCGAAGAGCUCUGCCGGCGUACAAACGCGCACGCUACAUCUCAACCUCGAGUCACUUUCUGCAACACGCGCGGCCGCAGCGGAGGUCAACGGAUGGGAAGACGUCCCGAACGUCGAUGUGCUCGUGAACAACGCGGGCAUCAUGGCGUGCGACUAUGCAAAGACAAAGGACGGGUUCGAGCGCCAGUUUGCGACAAACCACCUCGGGCCGUUCCUGUUCACCAACCUCAUCAUGGGCAAGAUUCUCAACUCACAGGGGCCGAGGGUUGUGGUGGUCUCGAGCAGUGGGCAUAGGUUCUCAUGGAUACAGUUUGCGGACGUCGGCUUUGCGGACGGCAAACUCUACAACAGGUGGACAGCUUAUGGACAAUCCAAGACUGCGAACGUUCUCUUGGCCGUAGCUUUGGCAGAGCGGUUGGGAGAACGCGGUUUGACAGCUGUAUCUUUGCACCUUGACACCCUUGACAAAACCAUGGGAAACCCUGAAGGUUGGAGCGGCAGCGUUAAGCUCAAGGACCUUGCGCAGGGCGUCGCGACUCAUGUGUACGGCGCUUUUGAACCUAAUUUGAGAGAAAAUAAUGGACGAUACUUACUAGACAACCGGAUAGCUAAUCCCUAUGUCGACACUAUCAGGCCGUGGGCUCUUGACAAAGUGGAGGCGGAUAAGCUAUGGAAGCUCAGCGAGAAGCUGGUCGGGGAGGAGUUCGUGUACUAA